AUGACAUCAUCUGAUGAUGAUUAUGGUCAACCAUCAAAUAAUAAUAAUAAUAAUAAUAAUAAUAAUAUAAGUAAUCAACAUAACAAUUAUAAUAGACGUAUGAAUAACAAUAGUAAUAAUCCUUAUUCAUCAACAUCAAGUAUUGAAAUACGUUUAUUAAUGACUUCUCGUGAUGCUGGAGCAGUUAUUGGUAAAGGUGGUUUAUCAAUACAAAAACUUCGUGCUGAUCAUCCACGUACAAUAAUUCAAGUACCUGAUUGUGCAUCUCCUGAACGUGUUUUAAUUAUAAGUGGUGAACAAGAACAAUGUUUUGAUGCUUUACGUCAGAUCAUUCCAUGUUUAAUUGAUAGUUCUCGUCUUUCAUCAUUUAAUCGAAGACGUAAUAUUGUAAAUUCUGAACAAAUACAAUCAAAUAAUAAUAUUGAACAAUCAACAUCUGAAAUACGUAUGCUUGUUCAUCAAAUAUAUUGUGGAGCUAUUAUUGGUAAAGGUGGACAACAUGUUAAAGAAUUAAGACAAACAUAUAAUCUAGAUAUUAAAGUAUUUUCACAAUGUUGUCCAUUAAGUCAUGAAAGAGUUAUUUCAUUACGUGGAAAAGCUGAAGAUAUUAUUGAAUGUAUUAAAAACAUCUAUAAUUUAAUGGCCACAUCAUCACAACAACCAAGAGGUUCACCAUUAAUUCAAUAUGAUCCGCAUAAUUUUGAUGUUUAUGCUGUUAAUGAAUAUGGUGGUUUUCAACCUCCGGGUGGUGUUGAUGUUCGUUCUGGAUAUAAUCCACGAGGCGUAUAUCCACCAAGUGGAUCACGUGGUGGUUUAGGUACUCGCUACGCCAAUACUGCAUUGUUCACUUCGACACGUGUAACGUUACCGAAUGAACUUGUGGGAGCUGUAAUUGGACCACGUGGUACAAAAAUUCAACAAAUACGUCAAAUAACAAAUGCAAAUAUAAUUAUUGAUGAUCAACCAAUUCCUAGUGGUAAUGGUGGUAGUGGUGAUAGAAUAAUAACAAUUGAAGGAGCACCAGAACAAAUUAGUCGUGCACAAGCACUUCUUCAACAAGCUGUUCGUCAAUCUGGUCUUUGGCGACCUUAA